AUGGAAAGAGCUGCUUUAGCGACUGUAUUUGGUGUACGUGAAUAUACUGAACCAAAAGUAUUAUGGGAACCCACAAAUCUAUCUUCCAGUAUUGCUAUCAUGCCUCAGCAAAAACCAUCCACUAUGGGUUUUUCUUCAAAUACAACUGCAACUUCAUCAGUUUAUUCAGAAAAAUCUGAUCAAGGAAAGAAGAAAUUAAGAUCAAAAUGGAUUAAUAAAAUGAAACAAUCAAUACAAUCUUCAACAUUGGACUCAUCAAAUAACAUAUACUGGAAUGAAAAGGAUUAUGAUGAAAAAAAGACAACUCUACGUGCUCGAUUUGGACGCCGAUCAUCCUCUACAAAACAAAAACAUACAAAUGAAACAGUAUCAACUUCUUCUUCAACUACAACUACCAUGACUCCCAAGGUUAUUGAAGCUGCCACUGUUGAAAAACUGGUGGAAAAAUUGACGGUGACAUUAGAUUAUACUUUUAUGACCGAUUUCUUUUUGACAUAUCGUACUUUCCUCUCACCAAUUCAACUAUGUAAAUUAUUGAUAUUACGAUUCCGAUGGGUGAUUCGACACUGGCUUCUGAAUUACUUUGUACAUGAUUUUACGCCAUCUCGUGAACUUCGUGAAAUCUUGACCGUGUUUCUGAAUACUCUACCUUCCCAUCCAUCCAUCAAAAACUCACCAAGGGAUCAACGCAUUGUCAAGGGUCUUAAACGAGUCGUACGAAGGCUAAAAAAGGUGCAUUAUCCUCGUAGCUCUCAACAUGUCCAAGUCAUAUCUCCUCCACCUCCACUAUACGAUGAACAACAGGUCCGAAAUAUGCUACAUGCCAAACUAUCUCAAAGUCCUCUACGGCGUAAGACAGAAGAAUUGAUUCAAAAAGGAAUGGAAGUGGAAGAUCGUCAUCAUGGAAAUGUCGCUUUUCAAGAUGCUCGUCAUGCUGAUAUCGUAGUGAUUGGAAGUUCCGAUAAAUCUCCCUUACCACCAUCAUCAACACCUGUACCUCCAAUACCCGAACAUGAUCAACAACAAAUGAUACAACAGUUGAUGACCACCUCACACGAUCAUGACAUUCAAAAUAAUGGAAACCCUAUUGAACAAAGUAGCACCAUCACUGAUGCUUCUUUGGAAAGUCUUGUUAGUCCUGGCACCACUGAUGAUGAACUAUACGACGAUACUGAUGAUGAUGACGAUGAUGACGAUGAUGAUGGAAAUGAUGAUGAUUCUGGUAUGGAUAAUGAUGAUCUAGCUAUGGAAAAUAAACGUCCUCAAAUUUGUCCUGUUCCUGGUACAACGCCUGGUCAACCCAAAAAGCCAUUACCUCCACCAUUACAAUUGGAAACGACGACCACCACAACAACAGAGCCUGUGAAUAAUGGAAAAGGAACCACUUCUAAUGAUCAACGACGAAUUUCUUGGAACAACAAUAAUAACAGAAUAUCAAAAUCAUACCUAGAAGAGACAGGAGAAAAAACAGCAUUGGAGUCACCAGUUUUUGAAGAUAAAACAUUGAUGGAAAGUCCAACAAGUAUCACUUCAGAUUCAACACAACGACAUUCAUCAUCCAACAACAAACCUCAACGAAAGCUAUCACAACAACAUCAUCAACAACGCCGUAUGAUUGAAUUGGAUAUUCCACGAUGGGGCUCAUCUCAUCAUGCUCCAGCCUCUUUAUCACAAGCUUCAUUUUUCCGAUCUUCAAUGGUGUUACAGUAUCGCUCACAUGACUUGGCUCAACAAUUAUGUUUAGUGGAAAGAGGAGUUUUGCUUCAAGUCAAUUGGGAAGAAAUGGUACAUUGUCGAUGGACCAAGAUGGCCAAUCUCUCAACUAUGAUGGAAGAAGAUGAAGGUUUAAAAAUGGAUUCUCAUCAAGAUGACAAUCACGCUACUUAUUAUUCUCGACAAACAAGACAACUUCAAUUGAUGCGUGGAGAACAAGAAGGUGGUGUCCAACAAUUGAUCAAAAGAUUCAAUACAGUAUGUCAAUGGGUAUCAAGUGAAAUUGUACGUACUCCAGUUUUAGAUGAUCGUAAAUGUCAAGUAUAUUCCAAUUUUGCAACACUCGUACAAAUCUUAUUGGGACUUCAAUCACCAUCAGUAUCACGACUACGUAAAACAUGGGCUCGGGUAUCAGACACUGAAAUGCGAUUAUUGGAACAGCUUUCUUCUUUCACAUCACCCAUGAAGAACUGGAAACAUAUUCGAGACAACAUGACAUUAGUAGCAGAUGAAUACGGCAUGUCACCUAAAGAAGUGCAAAUCCAACUCCCUGGCUCGAUCGACCGCCAACUGAAUAAACCCAAAAUCAAGUUACCGUUUGGAGGCUGUAUUCCGUUCCUGGGCCUAUAUCUUUCGGACUUGGUGUUUAAUUCGGAGCAACCUUCGUACCUGGAACCUAGCCAUGAUCAUCACAAGAUUUAUCAAUCAUAUACCAAACAAUCCACCACAUCACCAUUGCUUCGUCAACCACUCGUCAAUUUUCGCAAGUAUCGCAUCAUCGCUACCAUCAUCAAGAGAAUUUUGACCUUCCAAGAUUUAGCCUCACGUUACUCAUUUGAACAAUUGGAUCCUUUGUAUACAUCUUGUCUUCACUUGGAUGCCUUGGAUACUGACACUAUUCGACAGUUAAGUUUGACUAUUGAACCUCCUCCCUUAUCCUCCUCCUAG